AUGAAUGGGACUUUGUACAAAUAUACAAACUUUGCAAGAGGUUGGCAACGACGAUUUUUUAUCAUUGAAAAUGGUUUACUGGAGUACUUUUUGAGGGAUCCCGAAGGGGACAGAUCUAACCGUCGGGGAGUGCUGCCUUUGGUAGAUGCAGUGGUGACGCCGGACGAAGACGGCCAUGGGUUUACUAUCACAGCUUCAAAUGGCUAUAUUUUCAAGCUGAAAGCGGCUGACGCUCGUUCGCGGCAGAUUUGGAUAGAUCAGUUACGAUCUGCGGCUAAAGGAAUUCAAAAACCGCUUCCACCAGAGUAUGUCUCACAAGUGACGAAUCAUCAGAUCACCGAUAAUUAUGCCACCAAAAAUGUGGAACAUCUUCAGGCUGCAAAAGAAAGUCUCGCUGCGGCGAGAAAAUAUUUGUCCGAAAUCGAAGAUCAGUGCGACAGAUUGCCGAUGAACGAGACCUAUUUGAAGCUCAAAUCUUAUGGGAGGUCGGCUAUCCAGUCACUAGAGCGUGCCACGGACAUUGCCGAACGAAACAUUUUCUUCGGGAGAAACGAAUUGCGGAAAAUGCCCAAUCCAACUGAACUGGAAAGAGAAAAGAGGAAGAGUGAACUGUCAGACGACAGUGACGUCGAGGAAGAGAGUCGUUCGCCCUGGGUGCCGAAAAAAAUCGAGUUCGAAGAGCCGCUCGUGGAGUACAGUGAUGAUCAAAGAGACAAUAUGGUCUCGAUAAUGCAGACGAUUCCUUUAGGGGAAAACUUACUUUCUGGAUCCUGGCCUAGCUGGUCGAUAUCAAAAAACUCUGGAGCAUUGUACAUCGGCUACCUUUGUCGCCAUUGUCCAGACACGACGGACCCGUCAGAUCUCGCGAAAUGGCUUUUGUCUUUAAAAUGCCCUAGUUCUGUUUUUCGAAAUCGAAUCCCUUCAAAGUCACCGCAGUAUUACGAGUGUAAAUUUGGCGAAAAGCAUCUUCAAAUCGAAGCCUUCCCUGGACCUGUUUUUAAAGUAUCGAUUGCCAAUGGACUGCUGAUCAAAUUCACUCUAUCUUUCAAGUCAAAUUUUCAAGGACCCGGCAGACCGUUUUUUAUCCAGCCAUUGAUGACAGAUUUAAAUAUUGGUAUACAGUUCUGGAACGUCACCGAAAUGCCCAGUGUUAGAAUUCACCACCCUCUCAGUACACCUUCUCUAUCGUGGAGCGGAAAAUGGGAAAUGCAAAAUCGAGAGCUCAAACAAACCAUCACCCUUUCGUAUCUCAGCGAGCAGAGGAUAGAAGGAUCAGUCCUUGACAAAGAAUCUUCUUCCGAAAUUCAAAUCUCCGGCACCAUAGAUGAACCUCUCAUUGGCGGAACAUCUUACAAGCCCAUAGAACCGGAUUUUUUUCUUCAACUCCAAUGA